AUAAAAAAACAAAAAGAGUUAAAAAGUAGAGAGAGAAAAGAAAAAUAAAAACCUUUUGAAAUUUGAGUCCCAAUUUCAGAGACAAAGCUCACGGAGAGCCAGAGAGGACAGGAAUUUUAGAGAGAGAGAAACACUGAAGCUCGAAUAAUUCUCCCUCCUAAACUUCAGCUCUGAAUCUGAUAUGAAUCCAAGCAAAACUGAAGAGGAAGAUCUAUUCAACCAUCAUCAUCAUCUAGACCCACUCCACCACCAGAUCAUGGACCAUGAAAAUGGAUCACACCCAUCGAUUCUAGGUCACCACCAAGAACCCUUCUCUCUCCCUCCGAUCUCCGAAAUCGUGUUGUUCCAAGACGACGACGGCGACGACGACUCAGUGAGCCAUACCUCCUCCGACGCCGACGACACCACCACCGGCCACAAUAUCGCCUCAGAAAUCGGGGGCGUUGUUUCGCCGGAAAACCCUAGAUUUCACCCACCGGCGUACAUGGACCCAGGGCCCCACAUAUCGACCCAGUUCUACACAUUCAAUAGCCCGUCUCAUGCUCUGAUGAUCCGCUGCAUUAUCGAGGGCCACCUCGCCACGCCGGAGGAAAUCCGAGAUGUGACGCCGCGAUCGAUGCUAGCGAGCUGGCGUUUGGUGUGGAAGGACCGGAACGAGGACACGGCGUACCUGACGGCGUGGAAGCGGAUACAGGACAAGCUCAAUGUGUACGUCGACGCACAAGGUAACGAAUUCUUGUGCUUCAAGAACAAUUCGAAUCAAUUCGUUUCGCACUUUGAUCAGUGGCAGGACAUAGUCAUAAGUUUCCACGGUGGCGGUGAAUUGAAACACUUGGGGCUGAAAGACACCAUAGAUAAAAUUAAGCAGGUUUGGACUGUAGGUGCUAAAUUUUAUGGGAUUCCCGAAUCUUUCAUCAGGGUUUGUGUCAACGAAUGCCCUGUGUGCUCAUCUGGGUCAGGACACCGGAUGAAAAGGCGGCGAUUUGAGUAUACAGAGUCGUUUGAUGUGCCGGCCAAGGAGGUGCCCCAUAGGUUACAACAAUUGGCUGCAAAAUAUAAGGUGGUGUUGUGUAUAAGGCAGAAGUAUAUUAGGUAUAAGCCAUUUAUGGCGGAGGUUAAGGAUUAUGCCUGUCAUAGAGCAGGGGAGCCUGCCUCAUCUAAAAAAUCAAGGGUUUUGAAGAGGGAACCGCAUGCGUCGAAGCGGUGUGGAUGUGGGUUUCGGAUUAGAGCAAUUGUGCCGAUUGCAAAUUACAAUGAGAAGGAUAAGACUUUUGUAUUUCAAGAAGAGGGGAUGGCAGUGUUUAAGUUGUAUGCUGUGCAUUCAGGGCAUGAACCAGGGCCUUUGGAUGGGAAUGCUCGGAUUAUGCAUCGGGUAGUUGGGAAUAGAGGUGGGUUGAUGGAUCAAGAAACUGUGUAUGGGAUGAAUAAGGAAGCAGAGAAUGAGAGUUUUGGGUUAAUGGGGAAGGACAAAGGGGAUAUGCAGAAUUCCGUUUCGCAGCAAGUGCAGGAAGUGAGAAAUGAAGUGGGGUUGCUUGAAGGGAGAAUUGCAAAAAUCCCGCAUGAGCUAUUGGGUUCGGUGUCUCGCGAAUUGUUAGAUAUUGUGAAUAAACUUAGAACUAUAGGAGAAUAUGGUUCAAAGCCAGUUGGGUUGUUUUCUGACACGUGUCAUUCCGAUGAUGUGCUGGUAGGAGAGGGUGAUAUGUCAGAUUUGAGUGAUCAUCACCAUGAAAGGAUUUAUGAUGACAGUAAAGAUGCAGAACUGAUAGAAGACGGUGAAGACAGUUUUGGGCGAAGUCUCGGGGAUGUCACAUCUUGGGUUCAGACGAGGGCAGAGUGUAGGAGAGAGAAGGAUGUGCUAGGUGAGACUUUUAAACCCAAUAAGGGGUUGAAAUGCCGUGAGUUUGAAGAGAAUAGCAUUCUUGAUUGUGGGGAUUCUAAACUAACCAAGCCCAUGAGGCAUGACGAUACUAUAGUGACAGAUGUAGGUCUUGUUGGUAUACAGGUAGACAGCUUCUACGCGGACAAUCCUAAAUGGUAUGAUUCUCCAUGUGGGUUGGACACCAGCACAGAGUGUGGUGAUAGUAGAUUCAGGAAUGGUGAGAUUUUGUAGGAGAUUGGAGGAUCUGGAUUCAGUAGAGGCUGGUGGCAUGAACAUUGCUUUUGCAAGUCCUGAUUGAUUGUGUGAUGGGGGGAUGCUCAGGGGACUACUUAUAGCUGCCAGUCCUGUUGAGGUGGUGGUGUGGAGUUUUAUGUGAAGUAGCCAUCAUGAGCCGAAACCAAAAGAGCAGGAAUCUGAGGAUAAAGUGGCUAGUUUCUCCAGGUUAAUGCUAUCCUUCCUAAUUCUAACAUUGGGAAAAAGGGCUUUGAUACAAUGGAAUGGUAAAAUGGGUAGAGCAAAAGCCGAACUUUGCAUCUACCAUCCAGACCAACCACAGUGCUUCCAUGCAAACAAUGCAAGACUCAGAAAUACAGCCAUAGAUAUCAACACAUCUUGCAGGUUGCAGAUUUAAUUCAAGGGCAUAUAGUUGACAUCAAUGCUGGGAGAUAUAUCUGAAGAGAGGUCAAGGUAAAGAAAUCCUGUGGCUGCGGUACCAUCUCCAUGGGUGAGUAGGGACGACCAGCCAGCCUGUGGGCAAGGCCUGGACUGUCUGAACAUCAUUUUCCAAUUGUAGAUUUAAGUGAAGGGCACGUAUAUAAUGCUGCUCUUAGUAACAUCUCUUAUCAGACUUGCAAAAUUACCUUCAUCAACUCAUGGAAAUCAACAUGUAUUCAUCAUAUACUUCUUGUUCACAGUGACCCACGGUUCACCAUCCCACUGUUUAAUUUGUUGGAAAGAGUAAAGUGUUUUUUUUUAAAAAAAAAAAUUUGGAGAGAGAACAUUUGUCCAUUCAUGUAGGAUAUACCUGUUACCCACAUAAUUGGAUGGGUUGCAAAUGCCUGGAGAUUAAAUGAAAGAUGUCUAUUUACCCUCUUAAAUGGAGGAAAGCCA